AUGAGUGCCAGCUGCCCUACUUCUGCGCGUGUGACGGUGAAAGUGGAGGUGACCGUGCCCCUCCCAGCAACCUCGGCGUCUGUGACGGUGUCUGAGGGGGCGACUGAGUGGGUAGUGGUUGAGAGAUCCCCGAGAAAAUUGCUCCCAGCUGUGUGCUCGCGCUUGGCUACCAGACUCUCCUCGAAGGCUAAAAGCACUCCGAAGGAUCGCGUGGAAGCGGCCUUUGCUGCCGGCUUGCGUAGCGAGUCGCUUUUGGAGGCAGGGUCUGAGCCUGAGACCCCUCCUUCCGUGGGACUGCAGAACACUUGCUGGGUUGGAGUACAGUCUGCGAAGCACACUUGGUGGACAUCUCGGCGACCCACUGCAGACAAGAUCUUGAAAGGAGAGCCCGAAUCUUGGCUUAUCCCCUUUGCAUCUCAAGCCGAGGCUGAGGUGCCAAGAAAGCUGCCAGCCUACCCCUGGCAGACGAGGUGGGGACUCCUGUUGGCCGUGGCUGCCUCGGCCCUCACGACCGAGGAGCUCGAUUCUCGCAAGAUUGUGGGAGUAACAGACGAUCUGGGCUUGGUGGGUCAGGUGGAUGUGCGCGCCACUUUGACCGAUGCCCAGCCAGUGGAAGUAUCACUGUUACUCUUCGAUUGGCCCAGCACCUUGAACAAGUACCUACGAUGGGGGGUUCCAGAAACAUGGCCUCCGCACACGGUGCUACCCACCCAUGGGACGUCAACGGAGCUGACCUUGGAUCGUGCUCAUUUAUGCGACGUGGCUCGCGCAUGGGUGGAAGAGGGUCAGAUGGCUUUUUCCGAGGCUUAUUUGACUGGUGUGGAUGGAGAGCCGCUGGAACCGCCU